UCCGGGGCUCGACGAUAUUCCUCCGCUCGCGCUGGCGUUCUCCUCCCGCCUCCUGCUAGCGAACCUCGCGCCAAAUUGGGGGACGCGCGCGCGGGGCACGUAACACGCGAGUGACGCAAAAUAUGUGGGCCGCUCUGGAGCCGUGGUCGCGCUGUGUGUGAGUGAGGGAGAGUGAGUGCGGGACCUGAGGCGGUGUGUGUGAACUGUGGCCGCUGGCCGGGUCAGCGGGGAGCGGCGGAGCCGCCCGGGAAGGCCAAGCCAUGACUACAGUAGCGGUACAUGUGGACUCCAAAGCUGAGCUCACCACCCUGCUGGAGCAGUGGGAAAAGGAACACGGCAGUGGGCAGGACAUGGUACCUAUCCUUACCAGGAUGUCUGAAUUGAUUGAAAAAGAAACUGAAGAAUAUCGUAAAGGGGAUCCAGACCCAUUUGAUGACCGACAUCCUGGUCGAGCUGAUCCAGAGUGUAUGCUGGGCCACUUGCUGAGAAUACUCUUCAAGAAUGAUGAUUUCAUGAAUGCACUGGUGAAUGCUUAUGUAAUGACAAGCCGAGAGCCCCCUUUAAACACUGCAGCUUGCAGACUUCUACUGGACAUCAUGCCAGGGCUGGAAACUGCUGUUGUUUUUCAAGAAAAGGAAGGAAUUGUUGAAAAUCUUUUCAAAUGGGCCCGAGAGGCUGAUCAGCCAUUGAGGACAUAUUCUACUGGACUGUUAGGAGGUGCUAUGGAAAAUCAAGACAUUGCUGCCAACUAUAGGGAUGAAAAUUCACAGCUGGUAGCAAUAGUACUUCGAAGACUGCGGGAGCUACAGCUUCAGGAAGUGGCUUUGCGGCAAGAAAGCAAGCGUCCCAGCCCACGAAAGCUGUCUUCUGAACCCCUUUUGCCUCUGGAUGAAGAAGCUGUGGAUAUGGACUAUGGCGACAUGGCUGUAGAUGUAGUGGAUGGCGAACAGGAGGAAGCCUCGGGCGACAUGGAGAUCUCCUUUCAUCUUGAUUCAGGCCACAAGACCAGUAGUAGAGUGAACUCAGCAUCCAAACCUGAGGAAGGAGGAUUGAGGAAAAACAAGUCAGCAAAACAGGGUGACAGAGAGAGCUUUAGGAAAGCCAAGCAAAAGUUGGGUUUCUCAUCAUCUGAUCCAGAUCGCAUGUUUGUUGAGCUGUCUAAUAGCAGCUGGUCAGAAAUGUCCCCCUGGGUGAUUGGCACCAAUUAUACCCUUUAUCCUAUGACUCCUGCUAUUGAGCAACGACUUAUUCUCCAGUAUUUGACCCCUCUAGGAGAAUAUCAGGAGUUACUUCCCAUAUUCAUGCAACUUGGAUCACGGGAAUUGAUGAUGUUUUAUAUUGACCUGAAACAGACUAAUGAUGUUUUGCUUACCUUUGAGGCACUCAAGCACCUAGCAUCUCUCCUGCUCCAUAACAAGUUUGCCACAGAAUUUGUCGCACAUGGUGGAGUACAGAAAUUACUGGAAAUUCCUCGUCCUUCAAUGGCUGCAACUGGUGUAUCCAUGUGCUUGUAUUACCUGUCCUACAACCAGGAUGCCAUGGAAAGAGUUUGCAUGCAUCCCCACAAUGUUCUGUCUGAUGUGGUGAACUAUACCCUGUGGUUAAUGGAAUGUUCUCAUGCCUCAGGAUGCUGCCAUGCUACCAUGUUUUUCUCAAUCUGCUUCUCCUUUCGGGCCGUGUUGGAGCUCUUUGACCGCUAUGAUGGUCUUCGUCGUCUUGUGAACUUGAUCAGUACUUUGGAGAUUCUAAAUUUGGAAGAUCAGGGUGCACUUCUGAGUGAUGAUGAAAUAUUUGCUAGCCGCCAAACUGGGAAACAUACCUGUAUGGCCUUGCGCAAGUACUUUGAGGCUCACCUGGCCAUUAAAUUGGAACAAGUAAAGCAGUCACUUCAGAGGACCGAGGGUGGCAUUCUUGUCCAUCCUCAACCCCCAUAUAAGGCAUGUUCAUAUACUCAUGAACAGAUUGUGGAAAUGAUGGAGUUUUUGAUAGAAUAUGGCCCAGCACAGCUAUAUUGGGAACCAGCUGAAGUCUUCCUCAAGCUUUCUUGUGUCCAACUUUUGUUGCAGCUUAUUUCUAUUGCCUGCAAUUGGAAGACCUAUUAUGCAAGGAAUGACACUGUGCGCUUUGCUUUGGAUGUCCUGGCUAUUCUUACUGUUGUGCCAAAAAUCCAGCUCCAGUUGGCAGAAUCAGUGGAUGUGCUGGAUGAGGCUGGCUCCACUGUCUCCACUGUAGGUAUCAGCAUUAUUUUGGGAGUAGCUGAGGGUGAGUUCUUUAUCCAUGAUGCUGAAAUCCAGAAGUCAGCACUUCAAAUUAUCAUCAAUUGUGUGUGUGGCCCGGAUAACCGAAUUUCCAGUAUUGGCAAAUUUAUCUCUGGAACUCCUCGGAGGAAGCUGCCUCAGACUCCCAAAAGUAGUGAGCACAUCCUGGCCAAGAUGUGGAAUGUGGUCCAAUCCAACAAUGGCAUCAAGGUGCUCCUGUCCUUACUGUCCAUCAAGAUGCCCAUCACAGAUGCAGACCAGAUCCGGGCCCUGGCCUGCAAGGCCCUAGUGGGCCUGUCUCGAAGUAGCACUGUUCGGCAGAUUAUCAGCAAACUGCCCCUUUUCAGCAGCUGCCAGAUCCAGCAGCUGAUGAAGGAGCCUGUGCUGCAGGACAAGCGCAGUGACCAUGUCAAGUUCUGCAAGUAUGCUGCUGAACUCAUUGAACGGGUGUCAGGAAAGCCACUUCUCAUUGGCACUGAUGUGUCCCUGGCACGACUGCAGAAAGCAGAUGUUGUUGCCCAGUCAAGGAUCUCCUUCCCUGAGAAAGAGCUGCUUCUGUUGAUACGAAACCAUCUCAUUUCUAAAGGGCUUGGGGAGACAGCAACCGUGCUGACAAAAGAGGCCGACCUGCCCAUGACUGCUGCUUCCCAUUCUUCUGCCUUCACCCCAGUCACUGCUGCUGCUUCUCCUGUCUCUCUUCCCCGAACUCCUCGCAUCGCCAAUGGCAUUGCAACUCGACUGGGCAGCCAUGUUGCUGUGGGUACCACUGCCCCUUCUGCCCCCACUGCCCAUCCUCAGCCACGGCCCCCCCAGGGUUCACUAGCUCUGCCUGGCCCGUCUUAUGCAGGCAACUCCCCUUUGAUUGGUAGGAUCAGUUUUAUCAGAGAGAGACCAUCACCCUGCAAUGGCAGGAAAAUCAGAGUGUUGCGGCAGAAGUCGGACCAUGGCGCCUACAGCCAAAGCCCAGCCAUAAAAAAGCAGUUGGACAGACAUCUUCCUUCCCCACCUACGCUGGACAGUAUCAUCACAGAAUAUCUUAGAGAGCAGCAUGCGCGCUGCAAGAACCCAGUUGCCACCUGCCCACCUUUCUCUCUCUUUACUCCUCACCAAUGUCCUGAGCCAAAACAGAGGCGGCAAGCGCCAAUAAACUUUACCUCAAGGCUAAACCGCAGGGCAUCAUUUCCAAAGUAUGGCGGGGUGGAUGGCGGAUGCUUUGAUAGGCACCUUAUCUUUAGCAGGUUCCGUCCUAUUUCAGUGUUCCGGGAAGCCAAUGAGGAUGAGAGUGGCUUCACUUGCUGUGCGUUCUCAGCACGGGAGCGGUUCCUGAUGCUUGGCACCUGCACUGGGCAGUUGAAGCUCUAUAAUGUGUUUAGUGGACAGGAGGAGGCCAGCUAUAACUGUCACAACUCAGCCAUCACACACCUUGAGCCUUCCAGGGACGGGUCCUUGCUGCUGACAUCUGCUACUUGGAGCCAGCCUCUGUCUGCACUUUGGGGAAUGAAAUCAGUAUUUGAUAUGAAGCACUCCUUCACAGAAGAUCACUAUGUUGAGUUCAGUAAGCACUCUCAAGAUCGGGUCAUAGGCACAAAAGGAGAUAUUGCCCAUAUUUAUGAUAUUCAGACUGGCAACAAGCUGUUGACUCUGUUUAACCCAGAUCUUGCCAACAACUACAAGAGGAACUGUGCCACCUUUAACCCUACAGAUGAUCUUGUCUUAAAUGAUGGCGUCCUCUGGGAUGUCCGCUCCGCACAGGCCAUCCACAAGUUUGACAAGUUCAACAUGAAUAUCAGUGGUGUUUUCCAUCCGAAUGGGCUGGAGGUCAUCAUUAAUACUGAGAUUUGGGACCUUCGCACGUUUCAUCUUUUACACACAGUUCCUGCUCUGGAUCAGUGUCGUGUGGUAUUCAACCACACGGGGACAGUGAUGUAUGGAGCUAUGUUGCAGGCAGAUGAUGAAGAUGACUUAAUGGAAGAGAGGAUGAAAAGCCCUUUUGGGUCAUCCUUCCGAACAUUUAAUGCAACCGACUAUAAACCUAUAGCGACUAUUGAUGUGAAACGGAACAUCUUUGACCUGUGUACAGACACCAAAGACUGCUACCUUGCUGUCAUUGAGAACCAAAGCAGCAUGGAUGCUCUAAACAUGGACACCGUGUGCAGGCUGUAUGAAGUGGGCAGGCAGCGUCUGGCUGAGGAUGAGGAUGAAGAGGAAGACCAGGUCAGUGGGCUUUGA